AGAAUCGGAUCAAGAUGAGGUGAUUUAGCAAAUUGCCGGCCAGGGUUCCGACGCAGUUUCAUGUGAACAAAACCCCAGUCUCUUCCCCAUUGUCUCUUCUCCAGAUACUAGAGUCGCCCAGAAAGAGAAGAAGAGACACAAGCAUGGCCUUGACACUACCAUUGGAACUGCAGCAGCAGAUAUUCCAGUACCUCGAUCCAUGGUCGUUCUACGCGUCGCGUAACGUGUGUCGCUACUGGAAGUACGCCUCCAGAGAUGCCGUCACGCUGGCCAACCAACUAGGACAAUUGCCCAUCGAGCCAACGACAUGGGCAAAGAAGGCAGACUCAAAACGAAGAGAGUCCGUGUAUGAUGAGGCGGCAAGGGCGCUGAUGCUGGGCAUGCGUGUCAAGGCUUCAGCAUCGUCCGAGAACAGCCUCUCGACCAGACUCGACAAGAGCAAGCUCGCUCUCUCCAAGGACGGCAAGCGAGCUGUUUCAUUGCACGAACGCACCAUAACACACUACGACCUGAGCACGCCCGAGCCCACGGUCAUCUCCACACGCCCAAUCAACGACCUCCGCACCGCCAUCGGAGGAGGCCCAUGGUUCAAGUGCGCACCAACAGCCAUGUACGAGCUGGCUCUCUCUUCCGACGGACGUAUGCUGGCCAUCGCUCUGGAACGCACUGUCCAAAUUUACGACUUGUCGGCGCCCGCAGACUCUUGGCCUGUGUCUUCGUACAUCACCUCGGCCACCGGCCACUACAUUGCCGCUCUGGACUUCGAACACAACGACAGCCUGCUACGAGUGCAGCUGAGCAACAAGGGUGUUGUCGUCUAUCUCGGCUCGCCUCAAGAGGGCAAUCCUGGCUUAGAGCAUUGGCAAGACAAGGGUGGCUUGAAGCACGCCUUCCUCGACGCCAGCAAGCUUGCUCUGCCAUCAACAGAAGCUGUCGAGGGCGCUCCUGCCGUAUCACAACGCUUGGCUGGCCUCCAGCUCUUGCGCCCGUUCGCAAAUGGCUGGCUUGUCGCUGCUCAGAAGCAUGCCACCAAUGUCCCGUCGGGGUCAUACUGCCUGGCCUACGUUCCUUUCAGCCAAGUCCACGGACAUGUCCUCACCGCUGAGCGCGCUGUCACCAUUCUCGAAGACCUCCCCGUCCAUUUGUCCGAGCAUAUCCAGCACCUGUGGCACGACCUGCCCUCUGCUCACAUCAACCAUCCCCACUUCGCCCUGUCACCUAACCACUCUCUGCUGGCCAUGUCCGAGAACGACUCUACCGCUACAACAUCGCCUUCUUCGAACCGUGUCUUCCUCUACCGCCUGCCCUCGGCCCAGAAGCUCAUGGAGACACUCAAGCCUCAACAUCCCCUGCUUCAAAAACUUGAGCCGGAAGAAGAGUUCAAAUACCAAAUCAAGCGUCUGCCUACUAGCCUUGGCUCUAUCUCUGGCAAGGUUCUCGACUUUACCUUCGAGUCAGUUGGUCGCGAUACCGAAUCUUCGCUGGCUGUUACAGCUGUUACCGAAACCGGUGCUAUGACCUGGACAUUGCUGGACAAUUGAUCAAGUCAUAGUUCACCAAUACUUUCCCCUCAUGUUUCUUCUUUCCACCAACUUCACCACCUCAACUCAUCUUUCGACCAUUAGAGCUUUUUUCCUUUUAUCUUGUUACAACAUUAGACGCAUUAUAGACGGAGUUAUAGACGGCAUAGAAGGAACUCAUAGAUACCCCAACAUACACUGUAUACAUACACGACAGACUAUACAUCAUCUCCCAAAAUG